GUAGAACCUGAAAUAAGUACCUAUCCAAUGUAUUGUAUUACCUGAUAUAUAUGCAUAGUUUAAUUAAACUCAAUCUUUUAUGAGCGAUAGCGCAUGAUGCCGCAAUAAAAAUAUGGAUUAUAAAAGAUAAACUAGCAGAUGACCACAAACUUCUAUUAUAAUGGGCGGAAGAAUCGAACUUCACCUUCUCUUUUGUUUAGCUGCUUGUGUAACCAGCAUGGUCCACGCGCAGACAUCGGUGCAAAUAGAAUAUGACUUUAGCGACCGUGAUAUACGUCUAGCUGGCGGAGACAGCAAUCUUGACGGACGUGUCGAGAAAAGAGUAAAUGGAAUUUGGGGCACGGUCUGUCAUGGCAGCUUUGGUAUGAACGAUGCACAAGUGGUCUGCCAAAUGUUGUCGUCAGAUCUUUCCGCCAUCCAUAUUAUUAACGAUACAACAUACGGACCGGGAAAUGGCCCCAUAUUUUACAACCAUCUAGAUUGCACUGGAUCAGAAACUUCUAUCGACGAGUGCUCAAGUAUUACUGGUGAACAGUGUGAACAUCAUCAGGAUGUAGCUGUCGUCUGUUCAAUUUGUCCAAGAGCUGCUAAUUUUUACUAUGGUGACUUUAGCAGCGUUGACAUGACAAUACGAGGACAAGAAUACCAUGGGUUAUGUAGUAAUGGGACUUACACAUAUAAUUUCACAUACUUGUGUCUUGACAACGGAACAUGGAUACCUACGCACAAUUCUUGCGGACCUUUAAAUAUCACAAGCGUUCGUCUAGUUGACGGUGUCGGACUUUAUGACGGUAUUGUUCAAGUGCUUGUCGGCGAUACAUGGGGAGCGAUUUGUGGCUAUUCAUAUUGGUCUACGAUCUCUUUACACCGUGCUCCUGAAUAUACGCUGUCGAAGCUUAUUUGUAACGAAAUAGGUGGAACGUACAUAACUUUUUCCUGGGAAUAUCGGAACAACGAAGUUCAAAUGAUGGACCAAACGAUAUGUUCUGAGCCAUACGAGUCACUUGCCGAUUGCAAAUACGACACCGUUACAACAUGCUACUACCACUAUUAUUCUGCCUGCAAUGUUUACCCUCUCAAUAUCACCGGUAUACGUUUGUCCGGCGGCGGAUAUCCUCAGAUAGGAAGGAUAGAAUUACAGGUCCAAGGCCAAUGGGGCAGAAUCUGCGGAGACUUUUUUGACAUAAAUAAUGCAGCUGUACUUUGCCGUAUGAUGGGUUUAAACUCUUCUGCAUUCAUGAGACACGAUAAUUUUGUACAAGGAUCGGGGCCACUUUUGAUGAAUUAUGUUCACUGUUACGGAUCAGAGGAGCAUAUCAAUAAUUGUUCAUAUUCUGCUCCCUAUAUAAACUCUUGUACUUCGAACAAUGACAUUAGUUUGUUAUGCACAGAAUGUGGAGUCAUCGACUUCCGGAAUGGAAACAUAGUAUUAUAUAAUUCAUCAACUAAUGUUUUGACUGUAGAGUGCCAAUCUGGAAUAACCAUAGAGUACAUCUGCCUCAGCAAUGGAACGUGGAUGUCGAAUGAAGAAUGUCCUCCAUUGCUUCAAGACAUACGACUUGUUGACGGAGUCGGCAUUUACGAUGGUCGAGUCGAGGUUCUAUACAACGGGACAUGGGGAACCAUAUGCUAUAACAACUAUCGCUAUCAAAACACAGACGUCAUUUGUAGAAUGCUGGGUGCAAUUCCUUAUUCGCAUUCGAGACAUGCAGGCGGGACUGGUCGUAUUCAUAUUGAAAACUUGAAUUGUGUAGGCCAAGAAAAUGAUCUGUCUGCGUGCGAAUAUGAUGACCGCAAUGAAUGUUCACACAGCAACGACCUGGGAGUGACGUGUUAUCUGACAAACAGACCACUAAACGUUACGGGUAUUCGCCUCGCUGAUGGAACCAGUAAAUAUGACGGCCGUGUAGAAAUCCAGGAAAACUACGAUUACUGGGGAACAGUGUGUGAUAAUUGGUUUGAUUUUCUAGACGGAAAUACCCUGUGCCGAAUGAUGAACAUGUCACUAUUGGAUUAUUAUGGCGGAUCUAGACAUGGACCAGGCACAGGACCUAUGACGUUCGGGGACCUUUUUUGCGAGGAUGGCAACAGUCACAUACAGGAUUGCCAUCAUACGACACCUUACUAUUGCAGUUUAUCUGAAACAGUGUCCCUAUUGUGCUCCGAAUGCGGUCCACCGCAAGAAGACGGUGAAAUAACAUACUCAAUAAACGGAACCAUAGCAACGGUCCAUUGCCACUUUGAGUAUUUGCCAUAUGAUCCUGUAAUUGAAUGUUUCGAUGGUAAUUGGUCGCAAAUUGGAGUCUGUGAUUUUUACGGUCCUCCUUUGAACAUAUCGUCCGUCCGUCUUGUUGAUGGUGACAGUGUUUAUGAAGGUCGUGUAGAAAUUGAGGUGGACGGAACGUAUGGCACAAUUUGUGACAGCUUAUUUGAUCUUGAUGACGCUGACGUGAUAUGCAAGUCAUACAAUCAAAAUUACGGCGCAGCUUAUUACUUUGCUGGAGCGAGACACGGUGAAGGAACAGGUCCAAUUCAUAUUGACCGACUCUUUUGCGGCGAAACAAAUACUUCAUUAUUCCAGUGUCCAUAUCAUUCCGUUGGGUUUUGCGAUCAUUCAAGAGAUGUUUCGGUCGUGUGCAAUGAAUGCGGUCAACCAGACAUUGCCUUUUGGGGAAUCGGAUAUUUCACAUACAAUGGCUCAGCUUUGUUCGCUGACUGCUCCUAUUAUAAGACAUACGUUGGCGAAUUAAAAAUGACGUGCGACCAUGCAAACGGAGCUUGGGUUACAGAAGGAGAAUGCCAAGAAUACAGCAGACCGCUCAAUAUACAAGACGUUCGCCUUUCUGGUGGCCAAAGUGACAUGGAAGGAAGAGUUGAGAUCAAGUCCAUGGACACAUGGGGAACUAUUUGCAAAAAUGGAUUUGGCAUUAAAGAGGCUGACGUUAUUUGUAACAUGUUUGGCUUCCCUCCAGCACAGGCCGUGUAUUUAAAUGGUGAGUAUAGCGCCGGGACUGGGCCGAUAUUUGUCGACGAUCUUUCAUGUGGUUUAUCUGACACGCAUAUUAACAACUGUUCGUACGUUACAUACGAUAAUUGUUCACACCUUCAAGAUGUGGCCGUAAAAUGCACAGUAUGUGAUGACUUUACGCCAAAUAAUGGUUCGAUCAACGGGACACAGUUUGUAUACGGCACAGUUUUAGAAGUAUCUUGCAACUACGGACACUUCUUAGUAGGCGAUCAAUACAUACAUUGUCAGAGGAACGCUACAUGGAGUAGUCGACCAGAAUGUCCUUUAAUUGAUUGCGGCGACCCUACACCAGAAAACGGGAGGAGCAAUGUUUCACAGACCACAUUGAAUGAAGUUGUAGAAAUUGCAUGUGUCGAGGGGUAUAACAUCACGGGGAGUUCUAUUAUACAGUGCCAAGAGAAUCGGCGAUGGUCAGAUGACACAAUAUGUGUAAUUGUUGAUUGUGGGCCGUUAGAGGCUGAACACACAUAUGUCGAUAUUGAGAAUAUUACAACAUUUGGCGAGGCAGCUCUUGUUAGCUGUAAUACUGGGUAUCUACCUGAGGGAACAACUCCAGUCGAAUGUCUUGCUAACGGAACUUGGAGUGAAAUUCCUUCCUGUAGAGUAAAAGACUGUGGAGAUCCAACCCCAAGCAGAGGCCAGAGGAACAACACCGUAACCACGUACGGAACUGUUGUGUUAAUAUCAUGUGAUGAGGGCUUAGAGGUUACCGGUAACUCUGUCAUAAAAUGUCGGGCGGACGGAACCUGGAGCGAUAAUCCUGUCUGUGACUCUUCAGAUUGUGGGCCACCGUCUGUUGCUAACGGACAUGUAACAACAUCUGGUAACACAACCUUUGGAAACAAUGCAACAAUUGUUUGUAAUGAGGGUUACUCGCUUGAUGGCUCUGGUGAAAUACUAUGCACAGCUUAUGGAUGGGAGAAUGUGUCGUGUGUGCUUCAAGAUUGUGGAAAUUUAACCAUUGACAACGGUAAAGUUCUCUUCGAUACUGGAACAAAAUUUGGAGACAGCGCAGAGGUUCAUUGUUUUCUCGGAUACGAUCUUAAUGGAGACUCUAAGAUAACAUGCUUAGAUGGAAGCUUAUGGAGUGACAACCCGAUCUGCGACAUUAAAAAAUGUCCUGUAAUUGAACUAUCAACGAAUGGUUUCAUUGACGAACCAUAUUCAACAACGUUUGGAUCUACCGUGACGUUUAAGUGCAAUGUUGGGUUUCUUCUGGUUGGAGAAAUGGCCAUAAAUUGCGAAAGUUCCGGAGAAUGGAGCGCCAAUUUUCCAUCCUGUGUGCAAAAAUCAUCCAUCGGCGGAGCUUGUGACAACAAAAACUAUUGUUUGGCGCAUAAUGCAGAAUGCAAUGAAGGCGUUUGCUCCUGCAAGACUGGAAUUUAUGAUGACAGGACAAAAUACUGCGACAGUAUGCCACUAUUUCCGUUUCUCAACGACUCUUCAAAAAACGUUGCCGUCACACAACAAUGUAGUAACCCUAUUAGAUUUCUACCAGGAAUACCUGUGUUCGAGCGGAUGAGAUACGAAAUAUAUGUUUGCUCUAACGGGUACAUUAGUUUUGAUAAACCACACUCAAACCCUACACCUCCAAACACCAGUGGCCCUAAUGAUAGUGAUGAUAAUGGCUUUAGUGGUGUUCCAAUCAUCGCGCCUUUCUAUGCUGGAAUAAACAAACAAACAUCCCAAUCAAUUUCGUAUCGAACAAUUGAUAUCUUAAAUGACUUUCCAUUCAGUGAGGAACAGAAAAGUGAUCUUGAAAUGGUCAAAUCAAUAGUCAUGAAAUCCGAAAAUUUGACUUCAUUUGAACCGAAGUUUCUGCUUAUUGCCGACUGGAACAAGGUUUCACCGCUUCCAAUCAUAUUCCAGUCUUCGUCAGUAGCAUCUUUCCAGCUCGCUAUCGUUUCGGAUGGACUUAAGACAUUAUCCAUGUUCAUUUAUCCAAAAGAUUUAAUGAAUUGGACAGUACAAUUAAAUAGCGUGCAAAAUGUCAAUGUUUGGGUGGGAACCCAUAAUGCUGACACCAAAAUCACCAGAACCAAUCCCUUUUCGUUCAAGCCAAUUGCUCUCCAGAUGGAUAAACUUUCAAGCACUAACAAUGUCAGUGGGCUUUUAUUGACUAAGAUUGGAGAAUGGAAAUCCCAUGACGUUAUGGAUUGCAUACAUUGGUACAAACAACAUAAUACAAAUAAAAACACGUAUCACGAAAUCAUGUUUGUUUACCUACCGGAAUGUCCAUGUGACCUUAACCUUGCAAGGUUCGACCCUUGGUACUGGAGAAUAGGUCGGAAAAUUCGACGAUUCUGGUGGCAAAGUGUUGAUGACUUUGAGGGAGAUGUUGUUUGUGUGGACAUGUGGCAUAGGAGUAUAUUUGAUCCAUAUGGAAAGUCUUGUUGCUAUUAUCGUAAGUCGCGUCGAUUUGUGGAGGGGCGUCCAGUUGCUGGCGGUCUAUACCACUACCACCCAUCUCUCAACGCGAGUCAGCAUGACAAAUAUGAUGUUGAAAUGAAGGAAAAAUGUUGCAGUUCUGACUUCUGCGAAUUAUAUUAUCAACUUCAUCCUAUUGGAACUUGUUACACGCGGUCACCCUACAGUCAAGGAAACUUCUGGGGAGAUCCCCAUAUUAGCACAUUGGAUCGAAUGAAUUAUACUUUCAACGGGCUAGGAGAAUACACACUUCUUUUGACGGAAUCCAACAACACCUGGUUCACUUUGCAAGCACGAACCGAGCGGGCCGUAAAACACGAUGGUAACCUGUCUGAUGCGACUAUAUUCAGUGCCUUUGCAGCAAAGGAUCAUACAAAUGCCUCCCUGCACGUAGAAUUAAACUCGGCAAAACAAGGAUUAAUUUUGUACGGUGACGGGUUGGAUUUUACAAGACAAUUUCUGUCCGGUGAAGAGUAUGAUUCUACCACGCUAUCUAUUUCAAACAACAAUGGUUCUGCAAGAGUGUUUUUCAAGAACACGGGUAUUAUGCUGGACAUAGGCGUUGGUGUCGAGAUGUUAUCUUUGAGUACAACAGUACCAUCAACUUAUGCAAACAUAACACGUGGCAUUCUGGGAAAUUUUGACGGCGAUCCUUCUAAUGACUUGAAGUUUCCAAAUGAAACUAUUCUCAACUCCUCCUCAUCAGAGCGUGAAAUUUUCUUCUAUGGUCAAACAUGGGCUGUAAAUGAAAGAACAACCGUGUUCUUCUAUGAGGAUGAAAAAGAUCACGAUAACUUUCACAACUCUUCAUACGUACCACUCUUUCUGGACGAGGUUGAUAAUGUCACAAUGGCUUUGGCCGUAGAGGCUUGCAAUGGAACAUUAAGCACAGAAUGUAUUUACGACUUUGCACUCACACUGAAUCCGGCGAUCGCUGCAGAUACAGUGAAUAGAAAACAGCAGUUUGACCAAGAUCAGGAAGAAAUAGAUAAGGUUAUACCAACUAUUGAGGGCUGCAAUGUCGUCAACGUCACUGUAGGGGAAAACGUGACAUGUACUGUAAAUGUUGACGACAACAUCGAUAUACAGGUCCUGGGAAACAACACAUAUAAUGCUACAUUUAAUCGAUUGUCGUCUACCAUAACGUAUACACAUACUGGUGACAUAUCCUCUCCAUUAAGGUAUCAGGCCGUAAAUCAGGAAGGUCUCGCGUCGGUCGAGCAUGUUAUAUCCGUGGUCGUUUGUACAGGGUGUAACAACCAUGGCAGGUGUACGCCAGUUUUAAGGGUCGAUCGGGAUGACGAUAAUUUCAGAUACUACGAGUGUGAAUGUCAGCCAGGAUAUGACGGAAUCAACUGCGAAAGUACCUACGAUGGUUGUGCGGGUAAACCUUGUUCCCUUGGACGUACCUGCACUGACUUGUCACCAGAGGAGCAGCAAAGACAAGGACGAGCGUAUAUGUGUAGUGAGUGUCCAUUAGGAUACACGGCUCGCGAAGACGACGACAACGUAUGCAUAGACAUAGAUGAAUGCGCAAGUAAAAGUUCUUGCCAACAGUCUUGCAUAAAUACCGAAGGAAGUUUCAUAUGUGUAUGUGAGCAAGGACUACAACAAGACCGCACCAACUUUUCUGCCUGCAGAGAUAUGAAUGAAUGCGAAGACGAAUCUCAUAACUGUAGUCAGGUGUGCGUCAACUUGUACGGCGGUUUUCGAUGUGAAUGUAGGACGGGCUUUGUUCUGAAAGAACUCACUGGGCAAUGCUUACUAGGCGACGUUAAUCCAUGUGCCUCUGCCAUCAUAAAUUGUACCAACACUGCUGGAUGCACAGUGGACGAAUACAAUACAACAAAAUGUUUUUGCGAGAGAGGAUUUGAGCUGGAUGACUCGGGAGAAAAUUGCAAAGAUAUUGACGAAUGUCUGCGACACAUAUGUCCCCAAGAAUGCAUCAAUUUCAGUGGUGGAUUCGAAUGUACGUGUUUAGAUGGAUACCGACUAGAAGGAAUAUCCACUUGUUCUGUAUGCGAAAUACCAUAUUAUGGACAUGAAUGCAACAAUACGUGUGAAUGUACCGGAAGAGGGGCGAUUGAAUGCAACCCUGUAAGGGGUUGUAUGUGUGAUGCGGGAUGGAUCGGAAGCACGUGCGAUGAUGACAUCAAUGAGUGUGACGUAGAUCCUGACAUAUGCGCAGAUGUUCGAAAGUAUUGCACUAAUACUGUUGGAUCUUACACGUGUGAUUGUAUAAAUGGGUAUGAGAAGAACGACGAAGAUGCAUGCAUAGAUGUUGAUGAAUGUGCCGAUGCGUCGUUGCAUGGAUGCCAACAAAUGUGUUUAAACAACAUUGGCAGUUACAGCUGCGACUGUCGCGUUGGUUAUGUCAAAAUAAAUGGAACGUCGUGUCAAGAUGUUGAUGAAUGUGCUGGUGGAACUGCAACCUGUGCACAGAUGUGCGAGAACAAGCCUGGCUCCUACAACUGCUAUUGCCACUUUGGCUAUAAAUUGAGUGAUGAUCGUAGGGCAUGUACCCAAAUUUCAGACCCGUGCAGAACAUUGUAUAAUCUGACAUGUCUCGAAUACUGUGUGGUCAAAGAUAACACAGCAGAAUGUAGGUGUCGACAAGGAUUUGUUUUAGGUGAAGAUGCACAGACAUGCCUUGAUGUAAAUGAAUGUCAAAAUAUCGAGUUGAAUGGCUGCGAUUCCGCUGCCACGUGUAUGAACACUGACGGAUCAUAUCAGUGUGAAUGCCCAAUAGGUGCUCGUUUGGAAAACGAUGGUCGCACAUGCACAGAAUGCGAUGAAUUCCAUUUUGGUCGAGAUUGUUCAAAAGAGUGCAGCUGCAUUAAGGGCAUAUGCAAUAAUACAAGAGGUUGUAUUUGUGAGAUUGGAUGGACGGGACCUAACUGCGAUGUAGAUAUUGACGAAUGUGCUUUAAACGCAGUUAACUGCAUACUUCCAUACACACAGUGCGUGAAUGCGCCCGGGUCAGCCGCUUGUCAGUGUAAAACAGGCUACACCGCUGACGAAAUAUCAGGCGAAUGUUUGGAUAUCGAUGAAUGCGUGAAGGGAUCGACGCACGACUGUGAACAGUAUUGCAAUAACACUGACGGAAGCUACGAAUGCAGUUGUCGACAUGGAUUUUUGCAAAAUGGCGGAAGUUGUACAGAUAUUAAUGAAUGCAAUGGAGCGCACAACUGUGAACAUCAGUGUGAAAACAUUGUCGGCAGUUUUAAAUGCUUCUGUGAUAACGGGUACAGAUUGAACCUCGCGGACAGACAAUCCUGCAUACCGGAAAAUGAGUGUAGUGAUGUCCAACGUAUCAGCUGUCCGCAAAAUGCUACAUGUGCUGUAACGGACGGGAGUUUUGAUUGUACCUGUCCAAAGGGUUUUUGCUUGAUUAACGGAACCUGCAACGAUAUAAACGAGUGCCAACAGGAAACAGAUGCGUGUACACAUCAGUGCUCAAACAAAGAUGGGGGAUACGUUUGUUCAUGUGAUACCGGAUCCCAACUGUUAUCUGACGGGUUUACUUGUAGAGAGUGUUCAGACUGGCGUUACGGUCAGAACUGUGCUUCGCCAUGUUUAUGUAACGAAGACAAUACUCAAUCAUGCAACGGAAUAAACGGAGAAUGUUCUUGUAAAGCUGGGUGGAUGGGCACUACCUGUGCCGAAAACGUGAAUGAAUGCUCUGUUGAUGGCUCAAACAACUGCCCUGAUAAUUCAAGUUGUGUUGACACUCCAGGGAGUUUUGAAUGUGUGUGUAACACUGGAUAUCUCAUGAAUGGAUAUUGGAAAUGCCAAGAAUGUCAGCAGGGCUAUUACGGACAACACUGUGUCAACACUUGUGCGUGCAAUGCGUUAAGGACCAAAUCUUGCAAUCACGUGACCGGAACAUGUGCGUGCGAUGAAGGUUGGACGGGUAAAAUAUGUGACGAAGAUGUUGAUGAAUGCGGGGAUCAAAGCUUGAAUACUUGCACGAAAUUCUCUGAGUGUAGUAAUACGUUUGGCAGAUAUCUUUGUAACUGCAACAAGGGCUACAAAACACAACCAAACAGCAAUGACUGUAGCGAAUGUCUCGACUUUACCUUUGGGUGGAGUUGCAACGAAACUUGCGCAUGCCAGCAAGAACAUUCCUCAACAUGUGACAACGUCAAUGGAAGCUGUUCCUGUUUACAGGGUUGGAAAGGAGAGAUAUGCUCCGAAGAUGUGGACGAAUGUUCGGAAAAGCCUAAAGUUUGCUCUGUGAAAGAUAACAGUCAUUGCGAAAACGUGGACGGGUCUUACUUAUGUUCUUGCGACGCUGGUUACAAUGCAAACGAUGACAUAUGUGAAGACGUCAAGGAGUGUUUAACUGAGGAGUUGAACGACUGUGAUGAGCGAGCAGUGUGUGUAGAAACUGACGGGAAUUACACUUGCCUUUGUCCAGUUGGAAUGCACCUGCAAGAUGAUGGACGUUCUUGUAUAGAUUGCGAUGAAAACUUUUACGGACUGAACUGUUCCAAACUAUGCAAAUGUGAACAUGGAUAUUGCAACAAAACAUCAGGGUGCCACUGUGAUUCCGGAUGGACGGGGAUCCAAUGCGACAUAGAUAAAGAUGAAUGUAAAACAGGUGAUUUGGUCUGUGAAGAUCCAAACACCGUUUGCAAAAACACGAUUGGUAGUGCGAACUGUGUAUGUCAAGAUGGGUACGAGAGGAACAAGACGACAGAACAUUGCAACGACAUUGAUGAGUGUAAAGAAGGGGAAUGGAACAAAUGCACACAGACAUGCACAAAUACUGCUGGCGGAUACAGUUGUGGUUGUGAUGAGGGCUAUAGUUACAGCAGAGAAAAUAACACAUGCAACGACGAUGACGAGUGUCAUGCCGAUAUCUUGAAUGAUUGCGACCAAUCCUGUCACAAUACCGACGGUGGGUAUGUGUGUGAAUGUGAACAAGGGUUCUUCCUAGAUGUAUCAGACAACAAAACAUGCUUACCUGUGACCAGUUGCACAGAGAAAGAAGUUUCAGCAUGCCCCAACCAUUCGGUUUGCUAUAGAAAUAGAACUGAGCUAGACUGUCGAUGCAAUAAAGGAUAUUUUAAAGAUAACAAUGAACAAUGCAAAGAUGAAGAUGAAUGCAGCAAUUCCUCUCCAUGUGCUCAGCAUUGCAACAACACCGCCGGCAGCUUCUCCUGCAGCUGUGACAUUGGUUUUAAAUUGAUACAAGCCACUGAAUGCGAAGAAUGUGAACCAUACACCUUCGGUCAACAAUGCGAAUUGUCGUGUAACUGUGAUCAGGCAAAUGCACUAUCAUGUGAUGCCCUAAAUGGCACUUGCGCAUGCGCAGCCGGAUGGACAGGAGAUACUUGUACAGAAAACGUGAAUGAGUGUGAGGGUCAGUCUUCUAUUGCUUGUCCUGAACACUCGCAUUGUGCCGACACUCCCGGGAAUUACUCCUGUCUAUGUAACACGGGGUACAUAGUGAACCAAGACGGUUUAUGUGACGUGUGUGAACAAUUUCGGUAUGGCGACUCCUGUGAAAGCCAGUGCUCAUGUUCCCCUACCGGUGCUGACUCUUGUGAUCAUGUGCUUGGAAACUGUUCGUGCAAAAGUAACUGGCAGGGGGGCCAGUGCAAUGACGAUGUUGACGAAUGUAGCUUCAUAGAAAAUUUGUGUGCAGAGAAAUCCAACUCCUCGUGCAUAAAUUAUGUUGGGUCGUUUACUUGCUCGUGUGAUGCAGGAUAUACAGAUAAGAAUGGUGCCUGUGAAGAUGUGAAUGAAUGCGAUGAAAACCGAUGUGAUCAAGGUGCCACAUGCCAGAAUUCGGAUGGUUCCUUUUUAUGCAUUUGUCCACUAGGCAAGCGGUUGAACAAUGAUAAUUCUUGUCAAGAGUGUAGUAACAACACUUAUGGAACUGAGUGUAACCAGAAUUGCAACUGCACAUUUGGAAACACUCAAAGUGACGAACAGUCGUGUGACAGAGAGACGGGAACGUGCAUUUGUAACUCAAACUGGACAGGGGACAGAUGCGAAACUGAUGUUAAUGAAUGCACUACUUCUGGUAUAUGCACGAAAGCCAACGCUGGCUGUUUCAAUCUUCCUGGAGGUUUCCGAUGUGAUUGUCUCAGAGGAUACAGGAUGAAUAAAGUAACUGGAGAAUGUGAAAUUGUUGGCGAAAGAGCAACAGUACCGACUGCAGCCAAUGAGGUUCGGAUUGAUCUCACUAUAAUUCUGGCGGUUGAAUUGGACCCAGGAACAGAUCUCGGCGUACAGACUGUCUUUGGUGAGAUAGCAGCAAAAGUCAAAUAUUCGAUGAGGGAGCAUUUCUCGAAAUUCAUAUCAAUAGAAAUUACUAUUGUAAUCAAUGACAUGAGAAGUUUUUUCGGAAGUAUUAAUGUUAACUACUCGAUCACAUACGCGAAGAGUCCUCAAGUGGCGUUGGGUGUCUCACAGGCCCUAGUAGACAUUGCUUCCGGCACAGAGAUAGAGUACGAUGGGUUGAACGUGUCCGCGACCGCACCAGAAUCAUACAUCAAUGACAAUUUGUGUGGACUGUAUGAAAAAGCACUUGGUGGCUGCGAAUCCGGAUAUGAAUGUGUGAUAGAAGGGAGAGAACUCAUGUGUAAAUUGUUGCCUAUCUCGGACAACUAUUUAGUUGUGGUAGGAGUAACAGUAGGUCUCAGUGUCUUCUGUGUUGCCGUUCUGAUCAUCAUCACCUCUGUCGUCGUUUACAACAGAAACCGAAAGGCACGCCUUAGCAAUAUUCAUAGGCGGGGACAAUCAGAAGCUUCAGCAGAUGAACAGAUGAAUGUUUGGCCUCCUUGGAAAGACGAGACAGCAGCGACUGAUCCAAGUUUCAACUCAUGGAGAACAAAGGCCCUUAAUUUCGGACAAGAGCACCGAUACGUAUCUCCGUAUCACCUGCCCCGAGUUGCAUCAAACAGGACCAGGGAGCAAUCCCAGACACCGUACUUGGCACAGUGAUAGGACACAAUGACAACCACACACAGUUUUAAAAUUCGUUUUUGAACCUUUAUUUCUAAUAAUGUAGACUUUGAGUGUGUGUGUGUGUGUGUGUGUGUGUGUGUGUGUGUGUGUGUGUGUGUGUGUUGAUAUGUUUAUAUAUAAUCGAAAUUUAUAUUCGUUGGAUUCAUUCGUUGCUUUCACAUGUACUUGUUCUUACUUUUGUCUUUUUGUGAAAGCAUAUUUAUGCAACAUUUUUUAUUCAAUGCAUUGUAGACGAUCAUUGAUACACUUUGGAUAUAUAUUCUUUACACAUAAUUAUGUACUUGACUUACGAUAGAAACUGACAUAUUUUAGAUUUAUCGCACUUUGACAUAUGACUUCUAGUUAUGUUUUUUAUUCAUUUUUCGUGAUGUUCCCAAUCGGCCGAGUGUAAAAUGUACAUUGCGUUUGUCUAUAUAUACAUGAAUCACUAUUAUAAAUAACUUACUUACUAUAUAUAUUAAACAAUUAAUAUGAACAAACAGCAGCACAACAUGAGUUAUUUCAAGGUAAUGUUUUGUCAACAUAAGGUAUUUAUAUACUAUAUGUUUUUUUUUCUAUAAUAAACUUUGAUUUAAGGAAUGAAUUGCGGGCUUGAUGUCAUUAUCUGGGUAUGAACGUAAUUGGGCUGGUCUAAGUGUGUGGAGUCCGAAGGACUCCUUGCGUACUUUGACCAGCCAAAUUGCGUUCAUAUCCCCGAUAAUGACAUCAACCCCGCAAUUCAUUACUUAUAUUUACACCAAUAGUUCAUUAUUUCAUUCAAUAAUUGUUAAAAAAAUACUUCAUUUCAUUUAAGAAAACCUUUCAGUAACUCUUUCCUACCCAUUCUGUAAAUAGAACGUCCCGACUAUAACCGGAAGCAUUUUUCCAAUGACGUCACAAUAACGCGGGAAAAUAUCAGCCACUUUAAAAUCACUUUUAAACGUAAAAUUCAAACACUUAUGGCAACAAUUCAUUUAAAAUAUAAAUAAACACUUUCUAAAAUUUUGAUUUAUAUUUUACGGGACCUGCUGACACAAUACAAAAAAUAACAUGAUCAUUUUCUUUUCAUGUUUAUUGUCAGUAUGCAAUGAAUUGCGAUCCGAACAUAUCCAAAGAUGUUUCGUUCAUGGAUUGAUAAACGCAAUUGCCGAAAGGCAUUUCAUUUAAAGAAUGGAAGUUGAGGUGUAAAUAUACAUGUAUAAACUAUAAUUAGUAUUUUGUGAUUUUCUCAUCGCAUAAGAUAUUGGUUAUUCAAAUUUUUAUAUUUCAUUUAAGAAGCAAUGAAUAUGAGACGUUUUUGUUCAACAAUUAAAAGUACAUUAUCAAACUAACGAAAAGCGUUAUUCGAAAAUAAAACAUUUUUUACUUAAUUUCACCUUUCCUUUAAGGUGUUAUUGUAAAUACAUUAAAAACUAUUAAUGUAGAUUAUCAUCACUAUCAUUGGCUUAGUGAUUGUUUGUUUAUGUGUUAUAUGGCUUUGGCGUUUACCCUGUGCCAUUAAACGAGGUUUAUUUUUAAACUUUUGACUACUGAGCUUGUUUCUGUAGUGUUUCAUAUAAAUAUUAAAUUAGUUGGUUGUGGGAAUAAGUACUAUGUUGUGUUGUUAACUUUUAUAUCGUACAUGUAUUUUCCUGAUUUUUACGAUAAUACUUCGAAAUAACUUUUCAAAAUUAUAUUCUAUCCUUAACUUAUCACUCUUGUAAAUUUGAAUCUAAUCAUCAUGUAUUUUAUGGUAAUUGAAAGCGAAUGUUACAGAACUAAAAUGAUCAUUUGUUUUGACACUCUUGUCCAUUGAUGUAAUUGUCUGGUUGAAAUAAAAGUGUGUUUCUUU